AUGUUCCACCACCUCCCGACCCCCCACGACCCAUCCCGCGCGGCCGCCGGCCUCCCACUCUCCGGCGAACUGCCUCCCCUCCGCCGCCCAUUGCAUCCGGCAACCGGCGCCGCCCCUGGCCACGCGCAGAGACCGCUCGCCUCUUCCCGACCACGCCCUCAGGAGGAGGUCCUCCCGAACCCCCAACCGCUGCAGGCCUUCCCCGAACCCCCCGCCGGAUCCGUCGCGCGCCGCCCUCCCUGGAACCCCCGCCGCGUGCAACCUCCCCCGCUGCUAGCGCGCCUCCUUCCCCGCUGCCGGUGCGCUUCCUCCCCAAUCACUGGCGCGCCUCCUCCCCCGCUGUUGGUUCUUCCUCCUUCAUUAGCGCCGACCGCCGACGUGCCCCGCCCUCCGUCCGCCGACGCCGGGGACCCAGCCGUAGACCUCGCCACCACAGCCCCUAUUGCUCCUUCGUCGACCAGGACCCCUGUCGCCGCUCGAUUUAUCCACCUCUGCCCGAUUUCUCGCUGCUCUCCACCACAGCAGCUCUCAGGCCAUUCGACGCUGCCAAAUCCGGCCGUUCAACGAUGCAGCACCAAGACGUUCCGCACCUUAGCCACCGGCAUCCUGACGGGCCCAAUCCCCGUUGGUGCACCAUCCCGCGCGACGCCCGUCCUCCUGCGCUUUGGCUGGUGCAGCUUCCAGUGCCCAUGCGGCUCCUGCGCCGUCCAACUACGGCCGUCGCGCAGUCCAACCUCGUCUUAUACUGCAGGUUGUCCGUCGCUCGCGUGGAGCAAGGGCGUGUGUGAUGUGUGCGGUCGUGCGUGCUACCUGCAUCUGUCGUUUAGGAUGCAGGCAAAGCACUCUUUUUGA